GUGUUCAGCUGUAGAGCCAGUAGUUCAGGUCCACUUUGUGGUUUUGUUUGUCAGAGUUAAAGCAGUUCCUCUCUUGGCUGCAGCAUGUCUGGCUUCGACGACCCGGGAGUUUAUUACAGCGACAGCUUCGGAGGCGGAGAGGCUCCCGGCGGGGAUGAAGGCGGACACAAACGGGUCCAGAUCCAGAAACGGUUCCGUGAGUUCCUCCGGCAGUUCAGAGUGGGAACCGACCGGACCGGCUUCACUUAUAAAUACAGGGAUGAGCUGAAGCGACAUUACACCCUGGGGGAGUACUGGGUGGAGGUGGAGUUGGAGGACCUGGCCAGCUUCGAUGAAGAUUUGUCCGACUGUCUUUACAAACUGCCUACUGACAACCUGCCGCUGCUGGAAGAAGCUGCUAAAGAGGUGGCCGACGAGGUGACUCGUCCUCGACCUGUCGGGGAGGAGACUGUGCAGGACAUCCAGGUCAUGCUGAAGAGCGACGCUCACCAUGCUUCCAUUCGCAGCCUCAAGUCGGAGCAGGUGUCCCGUCUGGUGAAGGUGCACGGCAUCAUCAUCUCGGCCACGGGGGUCAAGGCGAAGGCCACCAAGGUGUGUCUGCAGUGUCGCGGCUGCCGCGCCGUCAUCAACAACAUCCCCCUGCCCCCGGGCCUGCAGGGUUACGCUCUGCCCCGCAAGUGCAACAGUGAGAAUGCCGUGAGGGUGAAGUGCCCCGUGGACCCGUACUUCAUCAUCCCGGACCGCUGCGUUUGCGUCGACUUCCAGACGCUCCGUCUGCAGGAGUCUCCGGACGCUGUGCCUCACGGAGAGAUGCCCCGCCACCUGCAGCUUUACUGUGACAGGUAUCUGUGCGACCGUGUUGUCCCCGGCAACAGGGUGACCAUCAUGGGCAUCUACUCGAUCAAGAAGGUGGCUGCUGCCAAGGCCAAAGGCAGAGAGAAAGGUGUCGGCGUCGGGAUUCGGGCGUCCUACCUGCGAGUGGUCGGCAUCCAGGUGGACACAGAGGGAGCAGGCCGCGGUGCCACUGGGUCGGUGUCUCCACAGGAAGAAGAGGAGCUGAGAGCUCUCGCCGCUUCGCCGAACGUCUACGAGUCUCUGGCGCGCUCCAUCGCUCCGUCCAUCUACGGCAGUGACGACCUGAAGAAGGCCAUCACCUGUUUGCUGUUCGGAGGCUCGAGGAAGAGGCUGCCCGACGGCCUCACUCGCAGGGGCGACAUCAACCUGCUGAUGCUCGGAGACCCCGGAACAGCCAAGUCUCAGCUUCUCAAGUUCGUGGAGAGAUGCUCGCCCAUCGGGGUUUAUACGUCGGGUAAAGGCAGCAGCGCAGCGGGGCUCACCGCCUCGGUGCUGAGGGACCCCACCACCCGUGGGUUCAUCAUGGAGGGCGGGGCCAUGGUGCUGGCUGACGGGGGAGUGGUCUGCAUCGACGAGUUCGACAAGGGUCGUCUGCAGGAAUUGACUGAACUUCAAAAUUCAUUUAGACCGCUGCAGUCUCUGGAAGCAGGAAGUGGAUCAUUGUUCCAGUGA